AAAAUAUGCGUUACUGCGCAUAUCACGCACUUGUAUCGAAUGUGAUUGAAUGAUUAAACUUGACGAUUUAUUUUAAAUCGCGUGUCAGUAUAAUCUAAAAUUCUGCAUUUUAACUUUCGACGAAUCUCGCAAUGUCUGAUGUUUGAAUCAAAGUACGAAGAGUUAAACAAGUAAUGCAAGGUUAUCCACAAAUUUUUACAUAAUGGGAACAUUUCACGGAAUUAUCUACGAGAAAUUUACACGCGGAAUUACUUACAGAAUCUUUGCAUCAGAUUCUUACUUUUUCAAUCGAUAGAUGCUUGAUUUUCGCAUCAAUAUCUUGAGAAAUAUCUUGAAAUAUCGUUCCAUUCGAUAUAGAAAUAUUUGUAGUUUAACUUCGUUCCCAGUAAUGCACCUUUAGUUAUUUCAUGUCAUGUGCGUGACUCGAGAUAAAAUUAUUUAAAAAAAAAUGUACAGCUUAUCAUUUCUUGUACGAUUACACAAGUGCAUCUCGAUGUUCAGUUUGCUGAAGAGAAUGACGCACAAUACAUUUCUGGGCCGUUCCGCCUAUGUUAAUGGAUCCUACGAGGAAGCCAUAAAAGCAUUAAGUCUUACUUUACAAAGCAAUACUGCUUAUUUACAAUCUGUUAAAAAUGUAAAUGAUUCUACGAAAUUGAAGGAAGUAGAAAAAUAUUUACUCAGAUCUGGUAUUACUUUAGAGCAAUUGAAUAGUCUGUCUGUCAUCCAUGUGGCAGGUACCAAGGGUAAAGGUUCGACAUGUGCGUUUACGGAGGCGAUUCUGCGACAGCAUGGCUUUAGUACAGGCUUCUUCAGCUCGCCGCAUUUGGUGUCCGUGCGGGAACGCAUUCGGUUAAAUGGAGAACCUAUCAGUAAAGCACAUUUUACUCGUUUCUUUUGGAAUGUAUAUCAACGUCUAGAACAAAAACGGGAAUAUGAGUCUGACAUGCCAACAUACUUCAAAUUCCUAACGAUUCUCACAUUCCACGUGUUCCUGGAGGCAAAUGUUGAUGUAGCAAUUGUUGAAGUUGGAAUCGGUGGCGAACUAGAUUGUACCAACAUUCUGCAGAAUCCGAUUUGUGUGGGUAUAACGAGCCUUGCUCUAGAACAUACCUCACUGCUGGGCAAUACUCUAGAAGAGAUCGCUUAUCAGAAGUCGGGAAUUUUCAAACCCCAUGCGAUAGCUUUCACAGUGCCGCAACCAGAAUCGGCGAUGCACGUUCUACAGAAACGAGCCAUAGAAAGAAGAUGCCGUGAUUUGCGAAUAGUUUCCACGACCGAAGGUUGUAAGUGGAACGAUGUUUUCUCGUUGGCAGGCAUUGAUAUUAAAAGUGUGCAGCAACAGAAUGCUUUAUUGUCGAUCAGCAUAGCACACGAGUGGAUGAAAUCACGUUACAAUCAAUCUAUUGUAAACGAUAAAUACAUCAAUGGUUUUUACAAUCUCCAAAGCGAAAAGAAUAAUUUAUCACAAAUUAUUUCUCCAAGUAAAGUUGCGACUGCAUUGAUGAACUGCAAAUGGCCAGCUCGCAUGCAAAUUCUAAGGACUAGUGUGGCAGAUUUUUUUUUGGAUGGUGCGCAUACGAUCGAUAGUAUCGUUAAUUGUGUAUCAUGGUUCAAAAGAGUCAGUCGGGGAACCUCUAGUAAGUUCCUAAUAUUUAAUAUCAGCGGUGAUCGAAAUUCUCUGGAAUUACUAAAACUGCUGAAACCUUUGAAUUUUGAUAGAGUUUAUUUUGCUCCAAAUUACUCUGGAAUAAUUAGCGUGGAGGAUUUAUCAAAUUAUAUGCUACUCGAUGAACAGAGAAGGAAAUGUAAAAAACACUGUGCGUUGUGGGGUGAUAACUCUGUGUCGAAGAAUACCGUUGCUGAAGUACUCUAUGACAUUAAGAAACAUAUGUCAUCGCAGAUGGAUAAUAACGAUAAAGUAGAGGUACUUGUAACGGGAUCGUUACAUUUGAAUGGCACGGUAUUAGCUAUUCUGGAUCCUAAUUUGUCAAUGACUAGUGAUUUUUAAUCUAAUAUAAAAUAAUAUUGAAAUUUGACCUGUUAAGAUGUUUACAACCAUG